AUGCAGGCUGCCUCAUUAUUCCAAGUUGUAUUGCGCGAAGAGUUGUCAUGGAUUUCGAUUGAUAGCGUCGACAACUAUAUUUCCGAUCUCUCAAACAAAGAGAUGCAUUUAGGCGAGCCACUUCUCCAGUUAGCAACCACUGAACCGACUCCCGACGGCGCUAGGGAAUUUGUUCUAGCAAUCCAUCAUGUUCUGUAUGAUGGAUGGUCACUACCGAUCAUAUUGGACCAGGUCAAACAAGCGUACGAAGGGUUUUCAGUGCCCUUUAGUCAAUUCAGCAGGUUUAUUGACUAUAUCGCACAGUCUGAUGGGGAGAAAACCCGGGAGUACUGGCGUACACAGUUGCAGGGCUCUAACAAAGCAACUUUCCCCUCACUUCCAUCGGCCGAUUACAAGCCUUUCACAGAUAUGACUGUUCGCAAGACGGUCAGGCUCAAGUCCCUUCCUGGCUUGACAAAUUCCACUAUUCUUCAGUUGGCAUGGGCUCUGUUGAUCUCACAGUACUCGGACUCGACUGAUGUCGUUUUCGGGCUGACUCUUUCGGGAAGAAACGCCAGCCUGGAAGGAAUUGAAUCUGUGACAGGCCCAACCAUAACAACCGUGCCGUUACGAUUCCAGUUCAAGUCGACGGAGUCCGUUUUGCAAGUAUUACUGCGAAUGCAGGAACAGGUAGUAGGGAUGACAUCUUUUGAGCAGUUCGGCUUACAGAACAUCCGUCGCUUAGGAGGUGAUGCCGAGGCAGCCUGUCAAUUCCAAAAUCUGCUUUUAAUCCAACCAUCUGUGGCCAAAGGUACUGGUGAGUUCUGGGUCCCGGUUGAAAGAGCAACGAAUUCCGGAUAUUUCAGUACAUAUGCCUUAGAGGUCACCUGUGACCUCUCUGAUACUGAGACGACUAUUAGCUUUGACUUUGAUCAACGGGUUCUGGGGUUACAACAGACGGAACGGAUAUUAUCUCAAUUCGUCCACCUUGUGCAGAUUAUUCAGAACAACCCUGGAGCAAGCGUCUCCGAUGCCAAGUCACUGGAUCCUAGCGCACAUACCGAAAUCAUGAACUGGAACAGGGUGCUACCGGAGGCGGUGGAGCGCUGCGUACACGAAGGUAUCAAACAACAGUGCCUGGAAUCACCAGACAAGUUGGCUGUAUGUGCAUGGGAUGGCGAUUUUACUUACAAAGAAUUGGAUCGUUUGUCACUGAAACUUGCAGUGGAUCUUCAAGCCCAAGGGGUUGGACCAGAGGCCUUUGUCCCUAUCCUGGCUGAAAAAACGCGCUGGGUAUCUAUUGCAAUUCUGGGGGUGGUCAGAGCUGGUGGAGCAUUUAUACUCAUUGACCCGUCAGUUCCAUUCCAGCGUCUACAGACCAUGUUUCAGGACGUUAGUGCUCUUACUGUCGUGUCUUCGAUCGCAUGCGCAGAUGUCGCCCGUCAGCUAGCCCCGACAGUUGUGACAGUUAGCCAGGAUAUUUUGCAUGAAGACAGCAUCGCAUCUACCCUCGUCGAGAAAGUCACGCCGCACAACGCAUUGUAUGUCAUCUUUACGUCGGGAUCAACAGGAAAGCCAAAAGGCAUCGUGACUGAGCAUGCUGCGUUCUAUACCAGUGGGCACGCGCAGCAAAAGGCACUGUAUCUUGAUCCAAACGCAAGAACACUCCAGUUUGCUUCCCACAUGUUCGAUGUCAGCGUUGCGGACUAUUUAUGGACAUUCCUCACCGGAGGCUGUGUAUGCGUUGCCUCACAAAGUAGUUUGAGAAAUGACUUACCCGGCGUGAUGAGAGAGUUUAGAGUCAAUCGCGCGGAUCUGACUCCCUCCGUUGCGCGCGUGCUAUCUCCUGACGAGAUUCCAACCCUCAAAACAAUACUGCUGGGCGGCGAGUCGUUAUCGAAACAUGACGUGAAAACCUGGGCUGGCAAGGUCCAGCUCGUCAAUGGCUAUGGGCCCUCCGAAUGCUCUGUUGGCUGUGUACUUGCCGAUGUUAAUCCGGAUUCAGAUCCAUCACAUAUAGGGAAGACGUAUGGAGUUUUGUCGUGGAUCGUGGACAAGGACGACCAUGAUAAACUUGUUCCAAUUGGAGCAGUUGGCGAACUCGUGCUUGAAGGCCAUCCCUUAGCGCGGGGGUAUCUAAAUGACCCUGAGAAAACAGCAGCUGCUUUUAUUGAGUCGUCGCCCUCGUGGCUCCAAGGACUGAGGCCGAGUUCUCGGCUUUACAAAACUGGAGAUCUAGUGCAGUACAACGCUGAUGGAACACUCCGCUAUAUUGGUCGGAAAGAUACGCAGGUGAAGAUCCGUGGGCAAAGGGUAGAAUUAGGAGAGAUCGAAUAUCAAAUCAUGCAAACAAGCCCAACGGUGCAAGAUGUGGUGGUGGAACUGAUUGAGCCAACACAGAGAGCAGGGUCGGUCUUGGCAGCUUUUGUCUUUGACAAGACAGGAGCAGCGAGUGAACAUGAGGGAGACCGUCAUUCAGCAUUGUUUCUUCCAUCUGAUCCCGCUCAUCGGGAGUGGUGUCAGGAAGCAAUGCUGAUGCUACAAAAACGGCUUCCAUCCUACAUGGUACCAGCCAUUUUUAUCCCGCUUCUUCACAUGCCCAUAUCACCCAGUGGCAAGGCCGAUCGACGACUCCUUCGUAAAAAGGCUGCAGAACUGUCAAGAGGUCAAAUUGAGGCCUAUACCGUUGGACAUGUUGCCAAACGCUCUCCAAGAACUCUUGCGGAAAGAUCCAUACAAACGGUCAUGGCUGAGGUCCUUCAUAUCGAGGCCUCGGAAGUCGGACUCGAUGACGAUUUCUUCAGGCUUGGAGGUGAUUCAAUCAUCGCAAUUCGGUUUGUCGCCAGAGCGCGUAUGUCUGGGUUUACGUUCAAGGUGACCGAUGUCUUCAAAUCACCGAAACUCUCCGAUCUAGCGUUAUUCGUUGAGGAGAGCAAGAUUAAGCAUGAGGAUUCAGAGAUCGCUUUCAGCGAAUACCUCGGCUUUUCGCGGAAAGAAGACCUCAUACAGACGCUGGCUUCCGAGAAAAAUUAUUCUUUCUCUCCGGAUGAGAUCAUGGAUGUCCUUCCUGUCAGUCAAUCGGCUGAACGGUAUUUGCUGCAGCCUCCUGAAUAUUGGGUUCUGAAUCUGGAAGGUCCUGUGGAUCGAGGUCAGCUUCAGUCCGCGUGCACUGCGUUAGUCGAGCGACACGCAGUUCUGCGUACUAUAUUCAUUUCACAUGGGCCUGCUCUCCUUCAGAUCGUCUUGUCUGGUAUCAAUACCCACAUGCAUGAUUAUGGAACGACUCCAAGCCUUCCCGAAUUUGUGGAGCAGUAUCGUCGGGACGAUGACAUUUCCGUACCAACACUGAACAAUCCUGUCACUCGAUUCGCAUUUGCAAAAGAUCCUCACGGCAAGAUGGUUCUUAUAGUGAGACUAAGCCACGCUCAGUUUGAUGGAUAUUGCCUACAUAUUUUGUGCAAGGAUCUGAAGCAAUUAUACGAAGGUAUCAGUUUACCGCCUCCGGGAGAGUACUCUGCACACAUGAAGCAGUGGAUAAGCAGUCAGACCGAAAUUACUUUUACCUUCUGGAGAAAGACGCUAGAGGCAUCCAUCGUCUCGCGAAUUGAUAACACCAUGUUCAAGGGGACGAGUACUUCACAGCAGACCGAGACACAGUUCAUCACAUCUACCCAGCGCAUCUACCCUGAGAAACCUCCCCACAAAGUGACUACAGCGACGGUAGUCAAAGCCGCAUGGUCGUUUUUGCUUUCACGGUUGUUAAACACCGAGGAUAUCGUGUUCGCGCAGACUUCCAACGGCCGCAGCAACGCAACUCCAUCGACUCAGGAUGUCGUCGGACCAUGCCUGAAUUUCAUUCCUGUCAGAGCAAAGCUUCAAUCCUCAUGGACAGCUCUUGACCUAAUGCAAUUUCUACAGCACCAACACCAGGAAAGCCUUGACCACGAACUGUUGGAUUUCCGUCAGAUUGUGGAACGCUCUACAAGUUGGCCAAAUGGAACAACUCAUCAAAGCAACCUCGUCCAUCAGAACAUCGAGCCGGAUCUCCCGUUUGCUUUUGGCGAGGCACAGGCCCAGGUGACUUGCUCCUACGAGUGGCCCCGUCCACCGGACGAGAUACUUAUCGAGUCACGGCCUGUCGAGGAUGGAGGGUUACAGAUUACACUGGAUACUUUGAGUGGGAUUCUGAAUCAGGAGAAUGCAGAUUGGGUUGUGGAUAGGCUUUGUCGGAUUAUCUGUCUUUUGUCGGUGUCGUCUGAUGAACCUCUUGAGAGGUUGGAGUCCAUGUUGCUGGAAAAUUAA